CUUAUCUUAAUUUGUUUCAGCUUAUUAGAAAGAUCCUCCACAUACUAGCUAGACUAGUUACUCAUCUAGUCAUCUUAUUGUUCUAUUAAGAGUUUGAUCGAUCAAGAUGAAGGUUGAAGUGAUUAAAAAGGACUACAUCAAGCCUUCUUCUCCAACCCCAAACCACCUUCGCAAACAUGAGCUUUCAUUUCUCGAUCAAGUUGCCCCUCCAAUUUUCAUGCCGAUGCUUCUAUUCUACCCUGCUACUAAUUAUGGUUGCGAUCAUAAUGAUACAACCUUGACCGCUAGCCGGGUUAAGCAAUCCCUCUCCGGUACCUUAACGCAGUUCUAUCCGCUAGCGGGGCGGAUCAUCGACAACGCCUUUGUCGACUGCAACGACGAAGGUACUCCUUUCGUUGAAGCACGAGUCAAGUGCCAACUUUCCGACGUUGUAUCCCAACCGGACCCAAACCAACUCAACAAGCUACUCCCUUGUGAGUUGGAAUGUGUUGUCGAUUUUCUUCUUGCAGUACAAACCAACAUAUUUGACUGUGGCGGCAUGGCUAUCGGGGUUUGCAUUUCCCACAAAGUCGCCGACGCGUUGUCACUGGUCAUGUUUCUCAACUCAUGGGCAUCCAUUUCCCGAGGCGAUAUCUUGAACUACACAGCUCCCACUUUUGAUUUGGCUACAUUCUUCCCGCCGAGAUCCAUAUCAGGGUUCAAACCAGGGACUGGAAUUGCAAGAGACAAAAUCACUACUAAACGAUUCGUUUUCAGUGCCUCCACCGUCGCUUCUCUCCGAAAUAAAUACACGACGUCUGCAACUGACAGACGGCCAACUCGUGUCGAGGCUCUGUCAGCUUUUGUAUGGAGCCGUUUCUUGGCUUCCACGCAAGGAAAGCCCAACCCGGACAUAGUUUACAAAGUUCUCCAUGCCGUCAACCUACGAACCAGAAUGGAGCCAGGGCUUCCGGAGCAUCAUUUCGGCAACGUGAGCCGGUUUGCGACGGCGACAACGUCGUUUGAGGAGGGAGAGGAGCAGUGUUAUAGUUUUGUGGGACAAAUGAGAGAUGCCAUAAAGACCGUCGACGGGGAGUACAUGAGGAAGAUUCUAGAUGGCACGGCGCACGUUAAUUAUUUGAAGCAGAGAGCGGAGGAGUUUCUCAAAGGAGAAGUGGUGUCGUUUAGCUUUACCAGUCUGUGUAGGUUUCCAUUGUACGAGACUGAUUUCGGGUGGGGGAAGCCCAUAUGGGUCGGGUCUGCUAGCCUCACGUUCAAGAAUCUGGUAUGUUUCAUGGAUUCUGGGUCUAGUGGUGGGAUCGAAGCUUGGGUUAAUUUGAAGGAAGAAGACAUGGCUAAGUUCCAAGACGAUGAGCAGUUGCGCGCGCUCACUUAUCCCGCGAGAGAUGCUAAAGUUUAGUGUUGCCCAGUCCACAUCAAUGGACGAUGUUUUUAAUUAGAUUUCCAUGUGCUUAUAUUUUACUUUAGCUUGAUCGAAUUUAAGUAAUUGUUAUUAUUCAGGAUUGAAUAAAUUUGUUUAUGAACACAUACAAUACG